AUGGUUGAGACGAAACGCGAGCCUGCCGGAGAGGGGUUACCUGAUGGUUGGCUGAAAGAGUACAGGCCUAGAAAGCCUCGGCCUGGAUCUAGGUUCAGGAGGGACAAGUUCUACAUUGAUCCUACAAAUAGCUACGAAUUUCGUUCUCUCAAAGAAGUUCACCACUAUCUCGAAUCUCAAGAUACCAGUGAUAGUGUUGUGACACCAAAGAAGAAGAAAAUUGAGGACCUGCAGGUUUCAGGGAACAAAUCUCAACAUGCUGGACGGCCAUCAUCAGAGCCCGAGGGUGUCUCCAAAGGGAGGCUUGCAGACUUGGAGCUUCAGGUGGCAAGAAAGAACGAUCAGCGUCUGAACCAUGAAUCUGCUGCAAGAGAAGAAGCAAAUGUAGAGCCGAAACCCAAGGGAAAGAAGCAAAAAACUGAACCCGUGAAACAGAUUGCUGCACCUGUUCGAUCGUCACCUCGUUUAACUGCGCUGAAAAGGAACGAGGAAGCCAAUAAUGUACCUAGAGACCCACUUGUGGACGCACAGACAGAUAUCGCUGAUCAGGUACAACCAACAGAGCAAGUUAAAAAUCCUAAGUCAAAGGCAAUUUCCUCUCCAGUAAUUCAGAAUAAAGAUGGAGCACAUGCCCCAAGUACUUCUGGAAAUGCUGAAGACAAGUAUCCUUCGGCUCCUGAACAAAUACUAGGAGCAUCUGCUGCAUGCUCGUUAACAGAAGUUGGACGCCAGAAUGCGCAUGCUCCGCCGCAACAGAACGGACUUGUCGGAACAGCUGAUGCUAUGCCCGGAUAUUCCCUGUCAUCGCUGUUUCGAAGUAUCUGGUCAGACCCAUGCCUGGAGUUUGCAUUCAGGACUCUUACAGGUGAUCUCCCUGUCCUUGACAACAACCUAGCUGUUGCAAACUACUUCCUUCCACCGCAGGACUCGAACAAAGGGACCGUGCCACCCAAUUGUUCAUCUUCCAGUUAUGACGGUGCUCGGAAGAACCAUGGCCAAGUCGACAGUGUCAGGCUGCCAAUGCCAAUGCCAAUGCCAAGGCCAUCAGAUAAGCUCUACAGCAGUGGCUGGUUCCCUCCUCAGUGA